AUGUGGGAGAAGAAUCCAGAAGCGAAUGAAAAGAAAGGAGAUCCUGGAAGAAUGCUCCGAGUUAUUGUUGAAAGCGGAGGUUGCAGUGGAUAUCAAGUAGAGUUUACUUUUUCAAAAGAGAUUGAGCCUGGUGAUCAAGUCUUUUAUCAUCCUUCAUAUCCCAAUUCAAAGGUACUUGCUGAUGAAAUUACAAUGAGUUUUAUUAAGGGUAGUACCAUCGAUUUUGUGGAAUCCAUGGCUAAAACAGCUUUGUUUUGGAAAAGAAUCCCAAUGCAGAGACAGGAUGUAGUUGUGGAACUUCAUUUAGCGUCAAAACUAAAUAAUGGAAUACAAUUUCACCCUUAUUAUAAUAUUUAUUUAAUUUAG